CGCAGAGGUGCAUUUGCUACUUCUAGCCUGUCACAAGCUAAUGUUCAGUAUGUCUGAGAAGGAGCUGGGGAAAAAGUGGGACCGAUGCUUAGCAGACGGUGCCAUUAAAUUAGGCACCGGUCUGGGGUUAGGCAUUGUGUUUUCUGUUCUGUUCUUCAAACGGCACACAUGGCCAAUUUCACUUGGCUCGGGAGCAGGGCUCGGCAUGGCGUAUGCCAAUUGUCAGAAUAACCUGAGGUCACAUUAUAUGCUGCACAGAGGCGACAAGGAGCAAUAACUGCACGUCACCAAGGGACUGUCUUUUUUUUUUUUCCAAAGUGUUUGUUUUUGUUUUGAUUAUGGGUGCGUCACCAUUUGCACUGUUCUACAGUCAGACUCUUGUCUCCCUGUUGACAUCCUUCCUUGUAUGACUGUAUGAUUUGUAUAUGCCCUAUAAGGAUGGUCUGUGUUUAUUUAAUAAAAUAAUUAUUAAAAAAAG